ACCCGUUCGAACGGGAGGCGGGCGGGCUCCGGGAGCACCGGCUCCGCCAUGUCGCAGCGGCCGCGGCUGCUCCGCACCUACUCGCGCCGCGACGGCAACCUGCGCCGGCUGCCGCGGCCCGAGCCAUGGGUGUCCCCGCCGCAGGACCGCAAGCACCUCUUCAGCUCCAGCUCCGCCGCCUCCAGCGCCCUCUCCGCUUCCAGCGCCGACUCCAGCCUCUCGGAUGACCCCGAGUACUUCCCGCCCGCCCUCCCGGUACCGGAUCCCGGUAAGCGUACCGAAUGGGCCCGGCGGCUGCGGAGCUGCCAGAAGGAGAACCGGGGAGCGGGCGGGCAGGAGAAGCGGAGAGCGGCGGGGAAGGAGAACCGGAAGCCGGAGAAGCGCGGGCGGGCACAGGAGAGCCGGGGCCGGGGAAAGGAGAACCGGGAACCGGCGGGGAAGAAGAGGAAGUGCGGUCCGAGCAAAGAGCCCCGCGGGCGCACAGAGGAGCCCCGGGGGUCGCUGUGUUGGCCCUCGCUGUCCCCAUCCCCGCCGCGCCGGCGGCAGGGCCCGCUCUGCGUGUCGCGGCCGCCGCUGCUGUGCAGCACCCCGCAGUGGUCCCCGCCGCCCCGCCGCGCCCCGCCGCUCCUCGGCUCCACCGCCGACAGCGCCUCGGUGCCCGGGGACAGCCCCGCGCCCCGCCGCCGCCGCCCGCCCGUGCGCCUCAGCCGCCUCCUGCUCAACGUCAGCAUCGAGGGCGGCUCGGGGCUCGGCGAUCCCUGCCCGCCGCCUGCCGAGGAGGUGCUUGAGCGGUUCGGUCCACCGGGCUUGGCUCGGAGCUGUGAGCCCCAGCCCGGGCUGCGGGGGUCUCGCCGCGUUCUGAGGUCGGCGGUGCGGAGAUCCCGCUUGGUCCGAGCUGCCCCGUCCCCGCUGGAAGCCCCAAGCGCUCAGGAAGCGCUGCCACGCGUGGAGAGUGAGCCACAGCCCCCUGCACCCUGUGACAGCAUCACUCGUGAGGAGCCCUGUGAGGAUCCAUCUCAUCUCACGAGACAGCCAGCCAAAAGAGGCUUGAGCUGUCACAGAAGCUUGGCCAAGGACUACCAGCUUGUGCCAGUGGUGGUGCUGGACCCUCUAGAAGUGCCAAUGCUAUUGAAAAGCCUGAAACUCAACAAUCAGGCUGAUGUUCAACCUGUCUGCCUGCAGCCAGGAUCUCCCGUGGGCCGCCAAGGAAUCUUGGAGAACAAAUACAAAAGGACCAAGGGUGUCCCCGGCGAGGGCAGUGCCUGCAGGAGAGCUUGUAUCAGUGGCUUCAGUGCCAGCCGCUGGGGCGGGCACAGCAGGCUUCGCCCAAGAAGGCCUAAGAAAAAGAGGCAGCAACAGCCCAAUGACUCCCUUUUCAGGCUCCAGACAAGGCACAAACGAGCUCAGAAGGGAACUCUAGAGAUGUCUGUAGGUGUCAGAGACAAUGACUCUACGUUCCUUAAUAACUCUUAUUCUUGGGCUAGAGUUCGAGCAUCUCUGUGCUUCCAUAAAAAGAAGAAAGUGACCACAGAUGAGACUUUCUGCAGCAGCAUCCUCUGCACCCCUUCAGGGAAAUCCCAGCUUUCAGGAUCCCAAGGCAUCCUGUCUGCUGGUAAAGCUCAGAGCUACUCCGGGUAUUCUUCCUCCAUGGUCCUGCUGGCUCCCAGGGAUUCCUCCUCUGUCCUGGAGCUGCUCCUUACAGAUGCUGAGAAGGUGUUUGGAGAAUGCAACCAGGAUGGGCCCAUUGCUUUUGAGGAAUGCAUUCCUUUAAAUAAGAUGAAAUGUUGCAAGAAAAUUGGAGAAGGGGUGUUUGGAGAGGUGUUCCAGAUUGACAGCAAGAGAGGACCUGUGGCCUUAAAGAUAAUUCCCAUUGAGGGGACUGAAAAAAUAAAUGGUGAAGCUCAGAAGACCUUUGGAGAGAUUCUACCGGAGGUAAUAAUUUCAAAAGAACUCAGUCUUCUGUCUGAGGGCUCUGUGAACAGAACUGUGGGGUUCAUCAGCCUGUACUCUGUGCACUGUGUCCAAGGGGCCUAUCCCAGGUAUCUCCUGGAUGCCUGGGACAAAUUCCACAAAGAAACAGGCUCAGAAAACGAUCGGCCAGACUUUUUUGGGGCCCAGCAGCUCUUUAUGGUGCUGGAGUUUGAGUUUGGUGGCAGGGACCUGGAGAGCAUGAAGUGCAGCUUCUCCUCGGUGACAUCAGCCAGGAGCAUUUUGCACCAGGUCACCGCGUCCCUGGCGGUGGCAGAGCAGGAGCUGCACUUCGAGCACAGGGACCUGCACUGGGGGAACGUGUUGGUCAAAAGCACAGACGUGAAAGAGCUUCAGUACGUGCUGGAUGGAGAAACCCACUCUGUCCCCACUGCUGGCAUCCACGUCAGCAUCAUCGACUACACGCUGUCCCGCCUGGAGAAGGACGGCCUCACCGUCUUCUGUGACCUCUCCACAGACCUGGAGCUCUUCCAGGGCACUGGGGACCUCCAGUUUGACAUCUACAGGCUGAUGAAAGAGGCAAACUCCAACAGCUGGACUGACUACCACCCACACAGCAACGUCCUCUGGCUGCACUACCUGGCUGAUAAACUUUUGAAAGCCAUGAAGUACAAGACGAAGGCAUCAACUGCUAACCUGAAGAAAAUCAAGAUGCAGCUCAACAAGUUUCACAAGGAAGUGCUGACCUUUGAGUCUGCCCAUGAUGUUCUGCACCACAGCAGCCUCUUCCAGUGAGCAAGGCUCCAAGGACUGAGCUACUGGUGCUGCCUCUCUCCUCUGCUUUGUAUUAUUUUCUUAAAGGUAAAAACUCUCCAGUUCUGGACAAUGAGGAGAAGGGUUAAAUACUACUGGCUUGCUGGAGACAGAGAAGAAAACCCACCCUUUGAUUUAAUUUUGGCAAAAUUUAUACCUGGAAUGAAGGUGUAAAAUGUAAAUAUAUGAAGUUUCUGUAAAUGGUUUUAAACCCACUUAUCUGCACUAAUCUUUUUUUUCUUCCCCUCUCUUAAGGACCAAGGAAGAGAUACCUGAUUGUGUAAAAAAUAAGACAGCAUACCUGUAUUCCUGGUUUUUAAUGGUUAUGAUGUUGUGGUCUUGUACAGUGAUAGGAACUCAGAUCUGUAACCUGGUGGUAGCACUGAAGCAAUUUCUUCCUUUAUCUACAGAAGAAAAUGCCCAAGGUAAUAAAUGUUCUUUAGCCCUGACUGCAGGUGGACCAGGUGCCCUAAACUGGAGGCUCUUACAUGAAAUCCAAAUAAAUCCCAAUUCCCUGUUUUCAAGAAGCCCUUUGCUAAGAUUUCUGUUUAUUAAAGAAACUGGGCUAAAGAGAAUAAUAAGUCAAACUAAAGUGAAAAGUGAAUUAUAUUUUGAUCCAAUGACACAGAUGCAUUAAGAAAUUAAGAGGCAGUGUCACCAAAUUCAUUAUAACUGCAAUGCUCUCCAUGCAGACCAAUGAAUAAAUGUUGAAUAUGUGCAUCUCAAAUGACCCUCUCUUGAAGUCUCCUUUUUACAAACCCAACAAGGAGACCCUGGGGUGGUUUUAUUGUUCUACCUUCCAGAUACUGCAGAAAGUGACCUGACAAUCUGCAGUGCUACAAAUUAUUAAGAUGGAAAUUGUGCUGGAAUGUUCCCAGGCAUCCUCUCAACCUUUUUUUUUCCCUCUUCUAAUUGAAUAAAGUCAUGCUCUGUAAUUGAAUGGCCUUCAAACCCACUUGGUAAGGCCUGCAGUGAAUUCUUAUGUGACAUCAAGGAGUGUUCCUCAGUCAUAAUGGUGCUAAUUUCAUUUAUGCUUUAAAAGAGGAGAAAAAAAAGGAUGUAUGAAAGCACAUUAUUUUUUUGCCUGCCUUGGUGCUUUGUUUCUGAUUUGAGAACUGAUUUUGGCUGUGCAAGAGGGAUGGGGCUUUGGCAGGAAUGAAUGCCAGGAGAGGUGAGAGCCCCCAGGGGGACCUGGUGCAGGAAUCUUGGAGAUUCUGAAAGCUGAAACCUCAGAAUGCUUCCCUGCAAACCAGUUUGCUGAUUUGUGAACAUGUAGUAAUUUUCAUUAAUCAAAAUGUAAAGCUUCUACCUUCCCCCAAAACUGGACAUUAAAUUAAUAUGGAAACCUUUGCUUUAAACUGUGCUUGCAAGGAAGUGCAGCUGCCAGAGCUGAGCCCUCAUUUCCUUUUUUAAAGAUGCUCUCUGAUUAAAAAAAACACAGAAAAAAAUAUCAUGUACUAAUCAGCCCUCAUAAAUUUUAAUGGGAGGAUGGUGACAAAAAAGGAAUUGGAAUAGUAAAUUUCCCCUAAUCAAGUUAAAUGCCCUGAAUGUGUUUUCAUCUGAGUGAAAGCUUUACUUGGAACAGAGCUGGAUUAUAUAUUUUAAAGAUCUCUUAGCUCUCUCUGCUAAGGAAAGAGAAUUCCAGAACCCAGUUUGCCCCUUCAGAAAACAUGAGUUUUUUAAUACACACCACACUGAAAUUGGAGCCUGAAAGGAUGGUCCAUCUUUUAUUGAAAUAAGGAAGUUUGAGCAAAGCUAAAAUUAUCCUAAGGGAGUGAAAGAUUUUUCACAUAGAUCCAAAGGCUUUAGGAGAGUGAAAAGAAGAAGCCUAGUUUUGUGUAACUGAUAAAUCAGAAGGAUUCCAAGUAGGGAUUCUGGCAUUUCCAGGUCAAAGUGGAUUUUGUGGAGAAGCCAGCAACCCUCACUUGGAAUAUGUUUUCAUCCAAGUGCCAAAUCUCUGAAAAUUUUGCCUAUUUUGAUGGAGAAGACAGAUAAAAUAUGGAUUACCCUGUGAAUAUUCUGUAGCUCACCAGGGUGCUGUUAAAACAUAUUUUUUGCUAAUUCCCUUCUGAAAAAAUGAGACAUGAAGUGCAGGAAUAUGAAAAUGAUCUCUUGCCUUGAGAAGCUGAAUGAGAAGGAAGAGCAGCUCUGGCCUCAGUGCUGAGAGAAUGAAGAGCAGCUGCUCAGAAUAUCAUUCAGAGGCAGGAAAAAAAGGGAAAAUAGUAAUUUCUGCUCAAUUCUGCAGUUCCAGGCUGCAGCAGUUAAUGGUGCUGCUGGUGCCCAGCAGGAGAGGAGGCUGCCAAGGGAGAAGGAAUUCUCCUUAGAGCUGAAUAAAAACACUGGGACUGCUCCCAUAAAACAAAUUAGGUACAAAUAGCCCAAUAAAAGCUUAGGAUUCUUGAAUCAGAUAAAUCCAGUAUUUAGGCUCUCCUCCUAACAAGUGAAAUGCUCCUUCCCUUCCCUGGAGCUCCUUGCAAGGUUUGUUUAGGUAGUAAAUCACUCGGUGGCUGAUCUGGGUUUCCUCUCUGAGAGCUCUGGGGCUGUUCUACAACCUCACCCUGACUGAAAUGCUCUGACUGGCACCUUCCUAAAACGCAGAUUUUUGGGGUGGUUUGGGAGCAGAGUUGUCCCACAGAGUCAUGUCCACUGUCAGUGGCACUUCAGGGUGGCCCCCACUGAUUAUUUCCUGGGAGCAGACAGAAAAAGGGUUUUAUUUAAUGAGAGGCCUGGAGCAUCCUGGUUCUUGGAAUUUGGGGGAAUUACUCCCUCCAAAUGCUUUCACAGACAGCACAAUGCAACAGCCCAAUUAAUUAUUCAAUAUUCUUUCGGGUCUGUAGGAAAAUGGUUCCUUUUCAAUCUCAAAGGAGAUUUUAUCAUUCAGGGGUGACUUUAAGCACUGUUCCACUUAUUCAGCUCCUCUGCAAUCUGCAGGGUGGAUUUUCACCAUGAACUGAUGCCUUCUGUUAAAUGCAAACUGAGCAGCUCUUUGCUGUUCAUCUGUUCCUACUUAGAUGCCAGAAUUUGGAUUUUUAGAAUGAUUAUUGUUUAAACCUCUGUCUAUGCUCUGGGAUCUCCUGGGACAGCCCCAGAGAUGUUAAUGAGGGACGAAUUGCAGGGAAAGUCAAAAAACACCACUGAGGGUUUGAAGAGAACGCCUUUUGCACAAAAAGGAUGUUUUGUAUAAACUCUAAAUGCAAAAUCUGGAGGGUACAACUCCUGUGACUCACUGAUUGUGAUUGUCAAAGGCACACAAGCAGUGCAGAUGGGCUGAGAACAAGCACAGACCAGGUCACAUUAAACCAGCCUCAUUUUCCUAAGGUAGCAGGUUCAGAAUAUCUUUACAUGUACAAGAAAUUCCCAACACGUCAAUGGAGAAUUAAAACUAAAAGACCCUCUAGUGAUGAGUUCAGUUCCUAGGAAAAGGUUUAUAAGCAACAACAUAAAAAAGAUCUUCACUGUGGACAAGAUCUUGGUAAAGAAACUCCAGUUCUUUACCCCUGGAUUGCCACAGGAUGGUAAUAUUAUUUUUUCCCCAGUGAUGAGAAGUUUUUCUUUAUUAAAUAUUCAAGCUGAGGGGCACAGCUUUGCAGAGAUGAGAUUUAUUCCUUUUUCUACUCACCA